AUGAUGACGAAUAUGCAUUCAAGCGACUCUUCCGAGACUCAGCUGAAGGACACCUUCUUAGACCAUUCACCGAGCGAUCCUCCUAGAGUUUCCUCGUCACUGCUCCAACGUAUUGACAGGAUUCAGCACGGUAUUAAAGCCACACUUGGCGGCACUAGUAAGAAUUGGCUCAAUGUCCAACCUUGUGUCCUUCAAGGGUUCAAUAGUCUAGUGGAACUCAUGCAGAACCACGAGAAGCGUCUGUGCAAGGUUGAUGAUAAACUCGAAGAGAUGAAUCAAACGGUAAGGAUUCUCAUCAAUGAUAGACAUUUAAAAGAGGAGCGCUACCAGUUGGACCAUACCAUGCAAAACGAAGCUGUGAUGGCCCUGGAGAAGCUCACCCAGAGGCUGCAACUUACACUGGAGGAGGAGAGGAGAUCUCGCCGCCAGCUCCAGCGUGAGGUGCAGUGGCUUCAACGUGACAUCAAAAAUAUAAAACGGAAAUACCAUCAUUCGCUUUCUAAUGGCUCGAAGACUUUAACUGGGACACAAGCUACAGAGACUGUGGGGGAAGCUCAAGCGCACAGUUUAAAUAAACUGCCUGAAAGUCUUGCACAAGAGAUCCACUUACUGCGCAAGCAAUGGGAAAACUACAGACUAGAGCAGCAAGAGGAACGGUCUGGGUGCUCCAAUAAAGACGCUUCGUUACGAAGGGUGUAUGAUAACCAAUGUUGUGCGUCAUCAGGUGAAUGCAGAAAAUUGCCUUUUCCACGACAAUCCGCGCGCUGGUUCUGGAUGGGAGGCGGGAAUAGUCACUUUAGUGAGGCUUUGACGCGCAGCAACAGCGCUGGCGGCCAGUCAAUUAGUAGGCCAAUUCCAUGGGGAGAAGUGCAAUUCUAUGAUCCGACGACGGCGAGUUGGUAUAUCGCCCAAUCUUCUAUUCAUCAUGAUACUGAGGCUGUCUUUUCGAAUGGCUUCCGAAGGAAGGACCCUGCCAUUUCCGCGUUUCGCCCUCUUGUUGACCGGUAUGAUAAUACUACACAACACGUUAGCUUUCAUAGAACCCUUUGUAAUGAUCAAUGGGUAAGGAAGGAAACGGUAGAAGAGUCACCUGUAAGAGCUGAAAGAAUGAAGGAAUUGAAUUGCUUUGACUGGGUGCGUCCGAGAAGCAUUCGUAUCGCACAGGCCGGCAUUUACAAGUACACAACCUGUUUGCUCCGAGAUACUCACUCCAGCUCCUCCUUUAGCGGUGGUGUUGGUACUGCUGGAGAGAGUAUUAAUAAUGAAGUGCUUGUUCUUUAUGUCAAUCACCGUUGCGUCGUUAGUCUUGGGGCCAGCAACAGCUGCGUUCUGCUCCAUGCAAACACCACAGUCACUAAGACGUCCACGGGAGCACGCCGGUCAACAGUUCCUUCCAGACGUCAGGCAAGUUCCUUAAGCGCUCAACAGCGGUUAUCUUUCGAAAAAUUUGUCAGACAAUGCUGUGAGCCUGAUCAGUUUGCUACGAGCACUUUGUCCGAUUACAUUUUUUUGCCUGAGGGCGCCAUUGUACAAGUGCGGUGCCAUAACAUGCACAACAGCAAGGCCAUUUAUGAAGCAUUUCUCGAAUUAGAGUAUAUUGUGUAA